ACAGCAUGUCUGUGCUCCAGCAGCCUGUGUCUGAGUCAGUCCAGCUAGGAGACUCUGUGACUCUGAACUGUACAAUACACACUGAGACCUGUGUGGGAGAACACAGUGUCUAUUGGUUCAGACAUGGCUCAGGAGAAUCCCGUCCAGGAAUCAUUUACACCCAUGGAGACAGGAGUGAUCAGUGUGAGAAGAUCUCUGAGGCUGGGUCUCCUACACAGAGCUGUGUCUUCAACCUCCCCAAGAGGAACCUCAGCCUCUCUGAUGCUGGGACUUACUACUGUGCUGUGGCCUCAUGUGGGGAGAUUUUGUUCGGGAAUGGGACCAAGCUGAACAUUGACCAUGGUUGUAAGGAGGACCAUCUUCUGUUCAUGUAUUGCCUUGGCGUAGCGUUGGGUCUGUGUGUCCUCCUCAUCAUUGUCCUUACUUGUGUUUUGUACAAGAUGAGCAAGUGCAUAGGAACCCACCGUCAUGCAAGUACUCCUGCAGUCCCCAGUCAUUAUAACCAGGAUCAAGAGCCUGUUACACUCCAUUACGCCGCUCUGAACGUCGUCCACAAGAAACCAAAGUCCGGGAGACAGAGGAGCGCCAUGGAGACAGACACUGUGUACUCUGGGAUCUCUGUGGUGUUCUGA